UUGCAGGUUACAUACACAGGAGGUAGUAAAUGUUUCAGUUGCUCAUCUGUGGCAGAGAGAGAUAAGUGGAUGGAGAAUCUACGGAGAGCAGUGCAGCCAAACAAGGACAAUUGUCGUCGAGCAGAAAAUGUACUCCGUCUCUGGAUAAUUGAAGCAAAAGACCUAGCCCCAAAGAAAAGGUACUUUUGUGAACUGUGUCUAGAUGACACUCUAUAUGCACGAACUACCAGUAAAAUGAAAGCAGAUAACCUGUUCUGGGGUGAGCACUUUGAGUUCUACACUCUGCCAAUGGUCAGGAACAUCACAGUACACAUUUACAAGGACAUGGAUAAGAAGAAAAAGAAAGAUAAGAAUAAUUAUGUGGGACUGGUUAAUAUUCCAAUCACCAGUGUCAUUGGGCGACAGUUUAUAGAGAAAUGGUACCCUGUCAGCACACCUAAUCCCAACAAAGGCAAAGGUGGAGGUCCUUACAUCCGCAUCAAGUGCCGCUAUCAAACAAUUGCCAUCCUUCCAAUGGAACAGUACAAGGAAUUUGCAGAGUUUGUUACCAACAACUACACCAUGUUGUGCUCUGUGUUGGAGCCAGUCAUCAGCGUGAAGAAUAAAGAAGAGAUGGCCUGUGCACUUGUUCACAUUCUGCAGAGUACUGGUCGGGCAAAG